AUGUCUUUCGGAAUCGGAAUGGGAGGGCGCAAUCGGCUGCAGGGUGGGUCCUGGCGGGUACCGUUCGAAGUUUUGACGGUGACGGUGGCGAUGACAUCCUUCUCAUAUCAUUGCACCAAACCGUCAACCAAUCAGGCCAAUUCAAUCAGAGUCUGCGGUCUUCAGGCAGACGUGACGUCGGAUGGCCAAACCAUAAGCUACUAUACAACCAAUUCAGAUGGAUCGGAGCGACGAGAUGCGAUAUUCAAGAUUAUACCGAAUUAUUUGAGAGAGAUUGACAUGGCAGAAAGGACAGUAGGGACGCAAGGCAGCGCCAAGAUUAAGCAUUCUGUCCAACAAUUCUCCUCGCAAGACUAUUCAUGGCAAGCUUAUCCAGCUACUUCAGCUACAUCUCUGUACAAGUCAAACGAAACAGGCUGGCCUGAACAGAAGGAUCCCAGUCUCAAGGUCAUGCGUCAUACGUUGUUUUCAGGACAGAUCGAUGGAUCGACUAUCGUGAACAAAUACCAGAUUGAUGUCUUCACGUUCAUGAACAACGGGACAUGGGUAGACUUGACCACAAAGCAGCAAAUGACUGUAUACUGUGGCAAUAUUGCCAUUGUGCAAAGUAUCGAGAACUGGAAUUUCUGCGGGAGGUCAACCCAGGCGCAAGCUGCUUGUGAAUCAGGUGCUCAGGGCUCGGCGUUAGACCUGGGUAUCAAGCUUGCUGGCGGGAACUCAUGGACAUCUCACAACAUCUCGGGGAAGCAGGGUUUGCAAUACAGUUUCAAGACUAGUGUUGGGACUAAGAACAUCAUGAAACCCGGGACGAGCAAGACUCAUACUUGCAAUACUGCCGUUACCAAGAUUGUGAUCAACGUUCGUCAAACAAGUGCAAAUACACUGAUCAGAAUGGCUUCUGUUAUUCAGAUGAAGCACAGGCAUAUUGCGAGCAAGCGAAGACUGAUCCCAGGUGUUUCACGAACGCCUUCACUUUGUAUGGUUUAUGCACGGGUUAUUACAAUCCAGACAUGGGCCGAAUAUCCCAGCGACCAGAAUCCAGGUUCUUUCUGUGGUCUAGACCAGGGCGGAUCCACCUACACCUCAAGCACGCAAGACUCCACUGCAGGCGCUUCAUCAGUCUCAUCCUCAAACCUGCAAUGCUCGAUAAUCUCAGAAAGACUCCAGUGCAAGGCCCAGACAUCCUGUACUUGGCAGACGGCGUGUGCUUGCAUACCUUCGAAAUGUUUGUGUGGAGACGACUGCUGCAUUUCUGGUCGGUGUGACGACCAGUACAAGCUUGGGUGUGGAGCUAUCGGUGAUAGGACCACAUGCAAGAGCACGACGGGCUGCAGCUGGCAGACUGCGUGCGGUUGUAUUCCAAACUUGUGCCUCUGCGGAGAUGACUGCUGCAUCUUUGGAAUCUGUCAGAGUGGUACACUGGCCACUUGUACUGAGCUCCCCACGUCGACGACCUGCUCUAAAGGCACGAAUUGCAAGUAUGAGAAGAGUUGCGGAUGUAUCCCUGCGGAAUGCACAUGCGGAGACAACUGCUGCAUUUAUAAGAACUGCACCCAACCGACUGCGAAGACUCAAAGCUGCCUCAAAUUUGAAGUCACGUUCAAUGAGAAGGACGAGGGUCAGACGAUGAACCUCAGGCUGCCCUACAACAAUCAUGUCGACUCUUACGCGUUUUCUUCUCUCCUUUGGGUGGGAGGAAAUGGAGAUAUGGAUGCAGACGGCAUUGUCGACGCAUUGGAAGGCAGCGACGACGCUGAUGCUGAUGGGGUUCCCAAUUUCAUGGACGAAGAUUCAGACGGGGAUGGACUCAGAGACUCCACUGAGGGUGUGGGAGACGUUGACAACGAUCAGAUCCCCAACUUCCUCGACAACGACAGUGACGGCGACGGCAUCUCCGAUUACGAGGAAGGAGCAGCGACGUGCUAUGGAGAUGUGAUUGACUUUGACCAUGAUGGAGUGCCGGAUUACCUCGACGAAGACAGCGACAACGAUGGGAUCUCUGACAAGAAGGAGAGUCAAAACGUCCCCCGCGAUCCUGACGGCGAUGGGAUGCCGAAUUGGAGAGAUCUCGACUCGGACAACGACAAUCUUCUUGAUUCGUAUGAGGGGAUCGGAGAUCCCGACGGUGACGGUAUUCCAAACUUCCUCGACAAGGACAGUGAUGGCGAUUCGAUCCCUGACAUCGUUGAGGGAUCGGGUGACGUGGACAAAGACGGGAUCCCCAACUUCCUGGACCUUGACAGUGACAGUAAGGAUGCCCUUGAAGUCAUCACCCGACUUUCUGACCCUCUGACCUCAGACGACAUGAUACCCGACGUGGAAGAAGGCACAUCAGACAUGGACAAGGACGGCAUACCCAACUACCUUGACAUGGACAGCGACGGGGACGGGAUCCUGGACUCUAUCGAGACUAACAAGACAGGGGCCAACGGGGCCCCUAGGUACCUCAACUUGGACUCAGACGGGGACACGCUGCCGGAUAGCAAGGAAGGGCUUCAGGAUCCGGAUGGAGAUGGCAUCCCUAACUGCUACGAUCUUGACAGCGACGGCGACGAACUCCUGGACGAGUACGAGUACAACAUCACCAUCGUGCUGAGGAAUGCCAGCUUGCAGGAUGAGGACAGAGAUGGGCUGCCCAACUGGGUAGACACGGAUUCCGACGGAGACGGCGUCCCUGAUGCGAUCGAAAAAGCUCACCAUAUAAACAGUGAAGGUGUACCCGCUUUCCUCGACCCUCUCUAUCCCAACCAAGAGAACACAAUCUGCGUUUCGAGGUGCCCCGCGCCUCUCCCCAACAGGUCCAACGGAGCCGAUCUCGAUUCUGACAACGAUGGUCUACCGGACGAAGUUGAAGGAACCGUUGACACAGACGGCGACGGCCUUAGAGACUAUGAGGAUCCUGACUCAGACAAUGAUGGCAUUCUGGACUGGGACGAGGCAGGAAAGGAGUACCAACAGACCAAGGUAUGCUGCCAUGACACAGACGGCAACGGCAUACCCGACUUUCGCGAUCUGGACUCUGACGGGGAUGGGAUCGGCGACGAUGUAGAGGGUGCUGAGGAUACGGAUGGGGAUGGGAUACCCAACUACCGCGACCUAGACUCUGACAACGAUGGAACUCCUGACAUCGACGAGAGCGAGUCGGAGGACAAGAACCGCAACCAAAUCAUCGACUUCCUCGACCCUGAGGUCACCUGCUCUAGACACUACACGCAUCAGAUCUGGAAAAAUGCUUCUCGCGCCACCGACGUGCAGCAAGUGAGCUGCAGCGACUCUGUUGCCAACGGAGGGAUCUUGUGCGAGAAAGGAGAAGACUCCUGUACCAAAUCGAUCGAUCGCUUUCACGGCAAGGUCGGACAGAUCUACACUGUCCUCUGCCCUGCCACUUGCUCCUACCAGGCUGUGUAUGGGCCCGCAAGUCUCGACGGAGGGAAGCCUUGCUCUUUCUCCUCCGGCGCUCAAGUCGCUUUCCUCGAUGCCUCCUCCAUCUGUGGAGCUGGGCUCGCGAUGGGAGUACUACGGUAUGGUGUGACUGGUGUGUUCUCUUUCCAGCUCGUCGAGCCGGUGGAAUCAUAUCCAGCAUGCAAGAACAUGCCCGUACAGUCGCCUGCUCCUCCCUACUCCGCGGAGACUCUAAGCUUCAGCUGGCCGCAAUGGAACUUGUCAAACUCUCCCUCCAUGAUCAGCUCUUACGGCAGCGCUGCUAGCUGCUGCAACUACUCCACAUCCACUGCCAACACGACGGCAACGCCGGACGGAGGCGGAUGCUGCGCAAUCCAACGGUUCCGUCAGCGAUGGGUGGGAUCGGCAUGGGUGGGAGUCAGAGCCUUUCAGAUCCUCCCGGACACCUACGUGGGAGGGUGCGGGGCACAUGCCACAGAGAAGCUCUGCCGGGCAGAUGCCGGCUGCGACUACAAGUCGACCUGCGGAUGCUUCACGAAGGGUUGCGGAUGCAACAACGAGCUGUGCUGUGUGAAAGGGAGGAACGACACGCAGGGGGAGGUGCCGCUCUGUGUAGAUCGGUGCAGCCCCCUUGACAUCGUCCCCAAGAACGUCACCACCUGGCCGAUCAACCUGACUACCUCACUCGGCCCCUCGGCUGCCCCAGCUGCCUUCCUGGUCAACCUCAGCACGAGGCCAGCUGACACGGUCUUUGUCAGGGUCUCGAGCGAGCAGUGCCAACUCAACGUGACGGAGGGCAGCGAUUUGAUCUUCACUCAGAACAACUGGAGCGAUGCCAAGGAGGUCCUGGUGAACGGGCGAGCAUGUACUGGAGGGUCCGAAGACUCUGAGACACACAGGACAUACGAGGUCUCGCUGUCGGUAACCAGCUCGGACGAAGAGUACCACCUUAUCCCGGUGCCGGGUGUUCCCAUCACCAUCCUUUCCACUGCAUGUCCUCCCCUAAAGAUCCCGCAAGGUGUCGUCGUCGUGUCCUCCAGCGGCAGCACCGGCGGCGGCGUGCCGGAUCCCAGCUUCAUCCUCAUUCUGAACUACUACUGCCGCCGCUACUACCAGGAGGAAGACAACGUCGACCAAGCCGAGCACUACUUGAGCAAGUGCAAGGCACAGGACUGCGAUCAGAGGAUGGAGAAGAUAGGGUGUCCGUACACAGACCAGAACGGCUUCUGCUAUGCCGAGUCAGGAAUCGCCUACUGCUCAUCCCAUCCCACCGACCCUCGCUGCUAUGUGGGCGUUAAGUCCCUCUAUGGACAGUGCGCAAACCUCGUCUACUACCUGCAAGGCAACAGCUCUGCCGAACAGACAACUUCCAAGACCUGCCCCAACCAGGCAGGAGCAACGUGUGAGCUCAAGUGCGAGGAAGGGAAGGUCCCCCAGGACACGGUUAAGCUGCAAUGUAACGCUGCCACAAGGCAGUGGGAGGGGAAGAUGCCCUCCUGCUCAUGCUCCUCGGGAUACUACACCUCUGCCUCGUCCUGCGUCCCCUGCUCCACGUACAGCUGCUCCACUGGCUACUACAGGUCAGCCUGCAGCCAGGACAAGGACUCUGUGUGUGUCCCCUGUACAAAGAAGCCAGAAAACGCAGAAUUUUCACGCACUACGGAUCAGCUCAAGGAUGAUUCCUGCCCAUGGUCGUGCUCGACCGGCUACUGGCGAUCAGGAGAUGUCUGCAAGACAUGCUCUCGCUUCGUGUGCCCCAUCGGGCAAUACAGAGGCGCCUGCACCUCAACUGCCGAUGCAUCUUGCGUGCCAUGCACAGAUAGCAAACCGGCGCAUGCUGUCUGGUCGAGUGCAGGAUCGCCCUUCGACAAGGACAACUGUCAGUGGACGUGCGAUACUGGGUUCUUCCUCGAUUCCUCCAACAAGCUCUGCGUCACCGACAUUCUGCACUCUCUCGUAGUGGAUGUGCCUGACACAGACAUAUCCGAGGCAGGGAAGACGACGACGAUCAAGGUCAAGCUCUCAAGACCUCCAACCUCAACUGUAACAGUGAAGUUUGCUGACAACUCUCAUGUCCGAGCCUCGUUGAACAGCUUUGACUUCGACAGCAGCAACUGGAAUACUUCCAUCACCAUCGUCGUUUCCGCGGUUGACGAUUCCAUCCGUCAGGGUCCACAUAGCAGCUCCAUCAUCAUCACAACCUCAAGCGAUGACUCUGACUGGGACUUCAGUAACCCUCGAACUGUUUCGUUCAACAUCGCAGACAACGAUUGUUCCAGCCUACGACUCUCGCAGUUUGCUAAAUUGUUGGAUUGUCAGACCACGUACGGGCUCAACUGCUCCAUCACGUGCAAGCAAGGGUACGAGCCCUCCAACAUCACAACCUUGAGCUGCACCCCGACAGACUGGGAUCGACUCCCUCCCUCAUGCUCUCAGUGCUCUUCCAACUACUUCCAGGGAGCUGGCAAGGAGUGUCUCCGAUGCUCUGAAGGUCCGUGCGCAAUCGGGUACUACAGGGGCCCAUGCCAGGACCAGGCGGACGCGGAUUGCCGCCCAUGUACCAACCCGCUUCCUCUCAACAGCCGCUACAUCAGCAGCGGCUCUCCCCCGUCGGAGAACAACUGCCAGUGGGCUUGCAACCAAGGGUACGACCAGCACAACACCUCCUGCGUCCUGAUGCCUCAGCCUCGUCUCGAUGUCAUCACGAAGAAUAUCAGCACCUCGGAGCAGGUCGGCAGCAAUCCAGCCUGGUUCCAGCUGCGCCUGUCCAGGGCACCGACGAGCGACGUGACAGUGCGGGUGCAAGUGGACAGCCACCUCACGAAUGUUGGGAGCGCCGUCUACACCUUCACAUCUGCCAAUUACCUCAACUACCAGGACCUCUUCCUGUACGCUGUUGACGACCACAUCUAUCAGGGCCUCCAUAGCGGCACCUUCUACCUCUCCAUCGUCACAGACGACAUCCUGUACAAGUCCAUCGGGCCGUUGAACUUCUCAGUGGACAUCAUCGACAACGAUUGCCGCGAGCUCACUGCCCCGCUGCGAGGAAAGAUCGUCUCCUGCAACAACUCCUUUCAGGGCUCCUGCGUCUUCGAGUGCGACGAGGGAUACGCUCCCAUCGGUCAGAUCCAGCUCACCUGCCUGCCCGACCUGGCCCGUUGGUCCCAGCUCCCUCCCACCUGCUCCUCUUGCGCUCCGGAGUACUUCCUCAAUGGAGGGGCAUGCAAUCCUUGCAACCAGUCGGCUUGUCCUCCCGGCACGUACAGAAGCGCGUGCGGCGCCAUGGAAGACAGCUACUGCCAAGUGUGCACGCAGAAGCCCAACAGCUCUAGAUUCGUUUCCGCGGCCAACCCGAUCAACGCAGACAACUGCGGCUGGGGAUGUAACCCCGGUUACUACCAGUCGGGCAAGACGUGCAGCCCCUGCUCGACUAGCACGUGCCCAGCUGGGCAAUACCGGACUGGGUGUAAGCAGGUGGGCUCUUUGAAAGAUUCCACCUGUGUGCCCUGCACGAACCAGAUCCCAACCAACAGCAACUACUCGAGCCCCGGGCAGCCGUUUGACAGCAACAACUGCGGUUGGACCUGCAACAAGGGAUACUACAAGAACUCCAGCGACCUCUGCACCCCUGACGUCAUCCCUGCUGUGGUGGUGGACAGGAGCAACAUCCCGACUCUGAGCGAGGCCUCAGACAAGGUGUCUGCCUCUAUUCCCGUCAAGCUCUCCAAGGCGCCUUCUGCUGACGUCACCAUCACCCUGACCUCCUCUGAUGCUCUCAUCCUCUCCUCUCCGACAGUGUUGACCUUCACGUCGACAAACUGGAACGUAGAGCAGAUGGUCGUGGUACUGCCUUACAACGACCAGAUCAAGCAGGGGACACACAGUGGGAAUGUCUCGUUCUCCGUCGCUUCUACAGACUCUGGCUACAACCAGAUCUCUGUGGACCAGCUGACGGUCAGCGUCCUGGAUAACGACUGCCAACCUCUGAAGGCUCCUCCCAACUCUUCCUUGGUUGUGUGCAACAGCUAUUAUGGGGGCGAGUGUACCAUCCAGUGUGACGUGGGAAGGAGCCCGAGCGAACCUUACACAAUGAUCUGUCUCUCGUCAACAGCGGACUGGAGCAGGGAGAUGGUCGACUGCUCCUCUUGUGCUCAGGGCUAUUACUCCUCAGGAGCAGGCUGCGUCGCAUGCAGCCUUUCCACCUGCCCUCUUGGCACCUAUCAGGUCAGUUGCACACCAAACACACAGCCAUCUUGUGUUGCAUGCACAAACAAACCUGCCAACUCCAUCUACACCUCCGCGGGGACCCCGUACAACAGAAACAACUGCUCCUGGACAUGUGAAGGGAAUUUCUGGAAGUCAGGAUCCCAUUGCCUUCCUUGCUCUUCCUCCCCCUGCCCCGUUGGGACUUAUCGCACCUCCUGCUCUAAAGAACAGGACAGCAACUGCACUGCGUGCAUCAAUGCCUUGCCUGCUAACGCCCGCUACACGACAUCAGGCGAUAGCAACAACCAGUGCUCUUGGCUGUGCAACGACGGCUACCUGUUCAACGAGAGCACGGCCGCUUGUCAGGUGCGAGGGACGGCUGGUCUCAUCGUUACCCCUGUGGUGAUGAAGACUGGGGAGGACCCCAACAGCCCGCCAGCUGAGUUUGACAUUCGCUUGUCAUCGCUCCCCAUGGGCCCUGUCAACCUGACCCUCAAUGCGCUGUCACAGUUCUACCCGAUCGAGCCAGUCGGAGUGACCUUCGACGAGACCAACUGGAGCAAGCCCUACCGCGUCAGGGUCAAGGCUGUUCCCAACGACGUGCCGCAAGGUUUCCACUCGGGGGACGUGCUGGUCAGCAUCCGGACGACCGACUUUCUCUACAGCCAGCUGGCUGACAAGAGGGUGGAGAUUCAGAUCGAGGAGGACAUGUGCCCUCCUGUCCGCAGCAAGGGCAACCUCUACGUCGCCUCCUGCAACCGCAGCAUCGAUGGGAUAUGCAGCAUGCGAUGUGGGGAGGGCUACGAGCCGGACCGGACUGUCAUGCUGCAGUGCGUGAGGACGGUGGAGGGCACGAGCUGGGACAGCACUCCUCCCUCCUGCUCGCAGUGCACCAAAGACUACUUCCUCAACGGCUCGGUCUGCGUGCCGUGCAACCUGGCUGAAUGCCCUGCGGGCUUCUUCCGAGGGCCGUGCAUGGCCCCGACAGGAGGCCUGUGCUACCCCUGCUCCUCACUGAUCCCGUCAAACGCGGAGUUUGUGACAGGAGGGUAUCCUUCCUACCUCGACAACUGCAAAUGGAAAUGCAAGAAGGGAUACUUCCUUGACACGACCUACGGCCUUGACUGCGUCCCCAACGUGACUGUAGGGAUCGAUAUCAAUGUCAUCGGAUCCCAGACGGGGGAGUCGUCCAGCUACGGACCAGCAGUGCUGGAGUUUGUGCUCACCGAAGAGCCAAAGGACUUUGUCACCAUCUUCUUUCGUUACUCAUCCUCCCAGCUCCAGCAGCCGCAGCCAGGCUCUUUGACCUUCCAGAAGUCCAGCUGGAACACAGCUCAGAAGAUCUCAGUGCUGGCUGUCGACGACGUUGUUUACGAGGGGCUCCACUCCAGCAGGGUAAUCACCGAGGUUUACAGCAGUGACGUCAGGUACAACGGGAUGUCAGUCCCGGAGAUCUCGAUCUCGAUCCACGACAACGACUGCCCUCCGCUGCCCAUAUCCGCCAACGUGCAAGUAGUAUCGGCGUCCUGCUCUUACAGUUGUACCCUCCAGUGCGCUCAAGGCUACUCCCAGUCAGGCCCUGUGACUGUCGCCUGCAACGCUGCCAAGGGUGUCUGGGAGGGUGACCUACCCAACUGCACUACCUGCAAGGAGGGGUACUACCUCUCCCGGGGCUCCUGUACCCCCUGCUCCACCGACGAGUGCCCCAUCGGGCAGUACCGAGGGGCGUGCGGCGGGACAAGAGACUCCGCUUGCCAGGCCUGCACCUCUGAGAUGGGCAACAUCAAGUUCGUAGGUAGCGGUAUCCCUUACAACAACAACUCUUGCCCGUGGGAGUGCGUGUACGGCUACAACCUCGUCAACGGUACCUGCACCCAGGUCCCGACCCCCACCAACGUCAUCCGAGACCCUACAGACUCUGACAACGACGGGAUCCCGGACAACGUGGAGACGAAGACGAGGGACAGCGACCAUGACGGGAUCCCAGACUACCUGGAUCUUGACUCUGACAACGAUGGUAUCCCGGAUGCUGUGGAGACUGCGGUCGAUACGGAUGGAGAUGGCUUCCCUGACUAUCGAGAUGUCGAUUCUGACAAUGAUGGGAUCCCCGACGAGGUCGAAGGGCUAGAGGACUCCGACGGGGAUGGCCGGCCCAACUAUCGGGACAUGGACAGUGAUGGCGAUGGGAUCAGCGAUCUCAUCGAGGGUGUCGAAGACUCUAACGACAACGGGAUCCCCAACUACCUCGACCUGGACAGUGACGGUGACGGCAUCCCGGACUCACUUGAGGGCCUGUCGGAUGUUGACGGCGACGGGAUUCCAGCGUUCCUUGACUUGGAUUCGGACGGAGAUGGCAUCCUGGAUGUCGUAGAGAAGUCCCCAGAUGUGCAGGAGAUAGACGACUCGACCAACAACAACCCGGUGGACACUGACAACGACGGGAUUCCCGACUUCUUAGAUCGCGAUUCUGACAACGAUGGAGUGCCUGACGUGCUUGAAGGGUUGGGUGACCCCGACAAGGACGGGGUUCCGAACUUCAGGGACGAUGAUUCAGACAACGAUGGCAUCGGAGAUAAGGUUGAAGGGAUCAUGGACUAUGACCACGACGGCGUCCCAGACCGACUGGAUCUGGACACUGACAACGAUGGACUUCUGGAUCGAGUGGAGGGAGUUCCGGCAUGGAGAGAUGCGGCGGUCAUUCCGGUCCCCAAGGACCAGAAGGAUUCCGAUGGGGAUGGAAUAGCAGAUAUCAUCGAAGGUGACACUGACGUCGACAACGACGGUAUCCCCAACUACUUGGAUCUUGACAGCGAUGGCGAUGGGAUUCCCGACAAGAACGAGACAGCGGCAGACGGACCGGACAAGGACGGCAUCCCCAACUUCCUUGACCUUGACAGCGAUGGAGAUGGGAUCACCGACUAUGUGGAGGGAGCAGGAGACCAGGACGGCGACGGGAUCCCCAACUACCUUGACAUCGACUCCGAUGGCGACGGCAUUCUUGACUCGCACGAGUGUCAGUGUACGAUAGUGAAGGGGCUCAACUACUCCAGGAACCCACAGGACUACGAUGCUGACGGCGUUCCCAACUACCUGGACUUGGACUCAGGUGAGGGCUGCUUGGGUGGCUGGCAGGGGAUUGAUGACGUGGCAGACAACGACGGGAUCCUGGACGAGGUGGAGGGAGAAGCUGAUAGCAACGGCAAUGGGCAGCCGGACUACCUGGACCCUGUGACUUCGAUCAAGGGACGAGCUGCAAGUAUGGACGCCGACGGCGAUGGCAUCCCGGACGCCGUGGAAGGGACGGAUGACUUUGAUAAAGAUUCUGACGCUGCCAAUCUAGACGGAAUACCCAACUAUCUCGACCUGGACAGCGAUGGCGAUGGGAUAUCAGACAUGCAGGAGGGCACAGGAGACUUGGAUGCGGACGGUCUGCCGGACUUCCUGGACCCAGUCUUCAAUCAGCAGCAGCCCCUAAUCUGCAGAAGCCCUGGUUGCCGAAAACUGGGAGUGAAUUUCGAUCUCGUGGAUCAGCAAACGCAAAAGAUGUCGAGCUUGGAAUACGUGGCAGCGGUGCUGGUGCUGGUGCUUGUCCCUCUAAUCGUGUGCUACUGCCAGUGUUUCGUGGUGGCCUGUUCGAAGAGUGCGAAGCAGAUCUGCGUGCACUGCUGUGAGAACAUCUCGGUGUGCCAUGGCAAGGUUGUCAGGCUGAGAUUCGAUCCGAUAUGCUAUCAUCUGUGGGGAGAUCAGAGUGAACUGAUUGAAGAUCUGCGGCAAGAGAUCUGCGAGUCGAUGAACCUGGCCAAGACGCAGGUGACGAUCAGACCCGAAGCCUUCAACAGGGACGCUGUCUCUCUCACUGUGAAGCUGCUGUGUUGGAAACAGGCUGACCGGCUCUUCAAGAGGAGGACAGGGUUCAUUCUCAAGGAAGAGAACAAGGAGGAUCCGGAUGGUGACGAUGACUGGAGAAGGACGAAGACGGGGCAGAUCUCGACCGUUAUGCAUCAGGAGUUGUCGAAUGAGAAAAGUCCCUUGAGGACCGGCAAAUGUUCCGCUCACAUCCAGGAGAUAGGGGUGCUGGAGUUUGACGACCCUCAGUUGCUCUGCGGCUCCUGUGACAGGGACCGGCGGAGUUGUCGUUGCAAGUGCGAGGUCUGUGGAGACAAGAAGUCAGGCUGUGCGGUCGAUUGUGUGAACUACUGCCAUGUUUGCAAUGAGCCCAUGAGCAUGUGUACCUCUGGAAAGAUCCUUGUAUCGUUCAAGGACAAGCAAUUCACUGACAAGACAGGCAACCUGAAAGACUUGCGAGAUGUAGUCUGCAACAGAUUGAAGCUGCACCCUCUGCAGGUCUUGUUCUCUUCACCCUCAGUCACGGACGGUGGGGAGCUGGUCAUGCAGAUGAAGAGCAUGCGAUCGAUGACGCGCAUCCUCGAGAGCCUCAAACUGAGGAUUGACCUCGGGAACUGCAACGUCUGCGACUCGCGCAGCGACAAGGUGCUGGUUCAGGAUUUCAUGGACCUCUACCACAAGAGCGAGAGCGCAGCCGAUGGGUCCAUAUUAGAAGGGAUCGAGUCAGCUCGCAGUUUGGACGACAUGGUUGACUUGACAACCUCGGCGAGGAAAGGUUAUAAUAUGCUCUCUCAGUCUUGCUUCGUCGACUGCGACCUUCAGUACAAGGACCACAACUACUUCUCUACCCUUGACAAGAACCUUUCUGUAGCCUACGUGUUCGAUACUGCCGAGAUCUUUUCAAGCAACGCCUCUGCCAAGUCUCGCCUUGAACCUACCGCCAAGGAAGAUGAUCUGCCGUCCUUCAUUCUCAAGGAUGGGCAGGAGAACAACCUUGCUCUUCGCAGAUCGAUGGACGCCCCACAAAACGGAUCGACCAAACGCAGUUUGGCAGAGGCCACGGCUGCUUCGCCUGAGGAAAUGAUAAUAUCCUCACUUCCUGGCCAGAUAGAAGGAGAGCUUGCGGGUGGUGCAAUGGAUCAGACAUCCCACUCUCCCAACGAGACUUUCGGAGAGGAUCCCCACGGGGAGAUCGCAGCUCCGUUGCCAAGGAUCAUUCCCUUUCACCUCCCCAACCCCAGGGCUCUGCCAUCCUCCACUCCCAGUCCCAGGAUGCAAAGAGCUCUGCCGUCGCCCAGGCAGAUUCUGCAGCCUGGCGACAAGCUGCUGUCACAAGGCUGGUCCAGCUUCUCCAGUGAGACGGGCUCCAAUGAAAGCCGGAGCCUGGGGACUGCUCAGAGCGACUUGGAGAAGCAGAGAUCAGACGGGGAGGAAGGAGCGGGUCUGCGAGGUCUGAUGGCGGAUCUCGGAGGGGGCCCGAACGGGCUGGAUCAAGGAGCCGGAGGAAGAGGAGGAGCAGAGGGCCUGCGGGGCUUGGCAGCAGGCACCGGAGGAGAUCAGAACGGGUCUGGUGACGAAAGGGGAAUGGAGGAGGCAACGGCGGCAGCGGCGGCGGCGGCGGCGGCGGCGGCAGCAGCAGCAAGGAAGGCAGGGAAAGGAGGAGCAGGAGGCGGACAGGAAGGAGGAGGCAUGCGGGGCUUGGGGGCAGGGACCGGAGGAGAUCAGAACGGGCUGGAUCAAGGAGCCGGAGGAAGAGGAGGAGCAGGAGGAGCAGAAGGCAUGCGGGGCUUGGCAGCAGGCACCGGAGGAGAUCAGAACGGGUCUGGUGACGAAAGGGGAAUGGAGGAGGCAACGGCGGCAGCGGCGGCGGCGGCGGCGGCGGCAGCAGCAGCAGCAGCAGCAAGGAAGGCAGGGAAAGGAGGAGCAGGAGGCGGACAGGAAGGAGGAGGCAUGCGGGGCUUGGGGGCAGGGACCGGGGAGGAUCAGAGCAGGUCGCAGUCAGGUCAAGAAAGUGGAGCCGGAGCGAGAGCAGGAGCAAGUGCCGGAGAAGGGAAGAGGAGGGUGGAGACAGCAUUUGGCUCGGAGGUAGUGAGCGACAGGUCGUCUGGAGGGGUGCGGAUCGUCGAGCUCAACCCUCACACUCAUCCUGCUCUGGAUCAAGACGGAGAGAAGAGGUCAAGGGGGUUCAAGCUUGGAGCGUCGGGGCUGGAGAACGUUAGCUCUCCCGUCCCCGAGGCCACAAGGCUGAUACCCUCCCCUCUCCCGCGUCCCUUCCCGCUCGAUAGCCCGAUCGUCACGCUUGCUACCAACGGGAUGCUGACUUCCUCCUCGUCAACCUCCAGCCGGGGACAUGAGAUCGGAGUUGCCAGGGUGUUACAGACGACGGUAGCCCUGGAGUCCUCCCAGCUGCUCUUGGCUGCCACGAGCGUCGAGUCUCAGGGGACCGUCCAGUCAGCGUCUGAGAGACAUAGAGGGAGCAACGUGAGCCAGGAAUCCUUCGGCAGCGCCGACAUCAACGAAAACUUGUCAAGCUCGAUGGAGAUCUCGAAGCCGACGAUGAAGAACCUUGAGAUCGCAAUGAAACGUCAGAAGUUGGCAAAGACCGUGCUGGUAUCGAACAAGCAGAACAUCAACUUGCAGACUGCCGGGCACGUGGGGGUUCAGAUCACCAGGGACCCACCCUAUGAGGUGCUUCAGGUGGACGACCUGGUGGACAAGAACUUCUUGAAGCAGAAGGAGGUCGGGUACUCGAACAAGCAGGUGCUGCCAGGAGACUUCCUCCUCGCCAUCGACGGGGUGUCCGUGACGCACAAGAGGAUCGACGAAGUACAUGCGAUGCUCAUGGGGAUGAUUUACACUCAAGUCGAGCUGAAGUUCCAGAGGCCCAAGACAGGGCAGACGUUCCCGGUGACUGCGCUAAGGCAUCGCAUCCAUGAGUUCGGAUGA